UAUCUGUGGAAUGAUGUCCAGGGUGGGAGAAAGAACUCUUGUCUAUUGGAAGAAAGUGUGAAUGUUGCAGUUGAUCACCUUGAUUAGCAUUGAAAAGCCUUGUAGCUUCAAAGCCUGGCUGCUUACUGGCUGGGGGAAUCCUUUGUUGGAGGUGUUAGCAGACCCUGAUUGUUUCCUGUCCGGAAUUCCACUGUCUUCUGAGUGUUGUUCUGUAUAUACUGUCCUGAUUUUAAAGUUUUUGAAUACUGGUAGCCAGAUUUUGUUCAUUUUCAUGGUUUCCUCCUUUCUGUUGAAAUUGUCCACAUACUUGUGGAUUUCAGUGGCUUCUCUGUGUAGUCUGACAUGGUGGUUGUUAAAGUGGUCCAACAUUUCUGUGUUCUCGAAUAAUAUGCUGUGUCCACAUGAAUUCAUCAAGCACUCUGCUAUGGCUGACUUUUCUGCUUGAAUUAGUCUGCAGUGCCUUUCAUGUUCCUUGAACCUGUAAGCCGCCUUGAGUCUCCUUGGGUGAGAAAAGCGGUAUAGAAAUGACAUAAAUAAAUAAAUAAAUUGUCUUUGGGCAAUGCUGUGUUUGGUGGUCCCUAUAUAGACUUGUCCACAAUAUUAAAACAUCUGGGCGUUGCCUGGGCGACGUCCUUGCAGAUGGCCAAUUCUCUCACACCAGAAGCGACUUGCAGUUUCUGAAGUUGCUCUUGACACAAAAACAAAAAAAAACUGCAUGGUAUACGGUAGACUCCUGCAGACGUGAGAGGAUCCCUCUUGAAGUUGUGGAUUAACAAUAUCUGGAGAGUUGCAUGCUUCCUAUCCCUGUUUAGGAGUAAUUCUCAUUAGACUUACUUUUGAAGAUACAUGUAUAAGAUUUUGUGGUAUGAAAAGCUGAAAUCCUUUAAUAGCAAUAUCUUUGGUUUUGUUUUAUCUUUGAUUUGUAUCUAUUUGUAUUACAGUAAAAAGAUUUUCUCAUGCUGGAUCUAGACUGCCAAAUAAUGCAGUUUGAACUGCAUUAUAUGGUCAGUGUAGACCCACAUAAUGCACUUUGAACUGCAUGAACCGCAUUAUGGGGGUCUGCACUGACCAGUUCCAAUUACAUUAUUUGGCAUUAUUUGGCAUUGCUUGAUGGAAUAUCAGGUUAAUGAUAGUGUCCAAGAAAGUGUCCAUGAUAGCACUGAGAUCCAGAGACGUUGUUGACCAAACAGACAAAAAAACUGAACUAGCACGAGGGGCUUGUUAUUAGGAUUGUUUUCUUGAUUUGUCAAGGAGACUUUUUAAACUGAGAAAGUAUUACUCUUUGCAAAUCCUGGUAAUCUUCUAAUUUCUUAGAGCUUUUAAAACAGAUUUUCCCAUAGAAGAUGAUUCUGCAGAGGGUUUCAAAAAGAUGAACCCAAUUUGAAAUCACUAUAUCUGUGAAAUCACGAACCAGCCAUGAAUGAAACUGUUAUCACUUGAAAGGGUGGGACAUAGAGCUGAAAAUUUGUAGUGAUAUACUUGUAUUGAUUCACUCUUGCUGACCAGCAGAACACAAAAUGCCUUAUAUUGCAGAUGGUCAUCUUGCGAAUGAUUGAGGCUAGAGGCUGUUUGUGCACUGGGCAUCUAGCAGUAAUCAUUGGAAAGUCUAUGCCCCACCCUUUCAAUGGGUAAGCAUUUAAUUCAUGGUUGGUUCUUGUUCAUAGAAAUAUAGGGAUCUUUAAAUCGAGUGCAUCUUUUUGAUACAUCCUGGCAUACUGCUGAACAUCGAAGAACAGGAAUUCUGUUGUAGAAAAUAAGACACGGAAGCUUUAAUAGGCAGGCAUGAGCGGGUAUAUGUUGAUUACUGUUUGCAAAGAUAUAUUUCAUUUAGUGACAAAUUGAAGAUUCAUUGUAUGUUUCCCUUUUUAUGUAGCCUGACCUGAUUUGACUGAAGAGCUCACAUCAUUUUGCAUACUGCAGCAUUCAAUUGUGAAGAUACGGCGAGAAUGUUAAAGAAGAGCUCAUAUCACACCUUCUUUACAUUUUGAAAUAAUCAUGAAGACUAUAAAAACUGACUUAGUUUAAUGAAACAUAACUGGUUGCCUGUGUCAUAUUUCUCGGUUGUGGCAAGGCUUUCAAUAUAUUUUAUAUUCCAUUAAUCUCUAGGUUUAUCACAUCUAGAUUUUCUCUUUCAGUUUUUCAGCAUCAUGUUUUCUAUUCAAACAAGCGGUAGUGUUUUACAGACACUACUGAAGAACCACCACACGUUUUAUCUUAUGCCAAGAUCUCAACAAUUGCCUGCUGUUUUUAAGUGUUUCAUAUUUACCACAUCCUAUCAGAGGGCAAAAAACCCAGUAGAUCCCAAAGCAGGCACUGCCAUGUGGAGAUCUAAAGGAAGAGAUGAAGGAAAAGAGGAGAGAAGGACCGGAAAAGAUUACUCUUCUUCUUUCAAUGUGUUUUCUGCUGGAGCCUCCAAAAAGAGAGCUGUGCUUCUUGCAGCCUUGUCAAAUGGAGAGCAGCCUGUUAUUUCCAGUAAGAAGACAACACUCUCCCCUCCAGAAAAGCCCCUAAGUGCUGAGGAGUGGGGAAAGUUGAUGGAAGAAUUUCAGGGAAUUAAACAGUUUGAAGAGUUCAUGUUUGCGCAAAUGAUUGCUCACAAUAGCCCCAUAGAUGUGGCCAAGUCCUUACUAGCUGCAGUGGCACAGCGAGAUGGAGAUAUUGGGUAUAACCUUCUGGUGAAAUACUUGGUUCUGUGUGUUUCUCAGAAGCAGACAAAGGAGAUUUAUGAUGUUCAUGACAUUUUGAAAGCCAGAUUUAAAACUUUAGAAACAUCAGCAUCUAGUCUUCUCAUCAAAGGCCUGAGUGAUUCACAGCGUUGGAGGGACGCCUUGGUACUGCUAGAGGAAAUAAAAAAAUUCAUAAUCCCUUCAAAGGGAAACUAUGGAGACUGCAUCAAGGCAGCACUUGCAAACCGGGAAAUAAAUACUGCAUGCAUGUUAUUUCAUGAGAUGCUAGCUAAGAAUGUGACACCAAACUUAGAUGUCCUGCAGUUUUUCUUUGAUACUGGCAAAUGUGUAAACGAUACUGAUUUUAAAAAUGAACUCAUUUACAUCCUUAACUAUUUAAGAAAUAAUCAAGUAUAUCCUGGAGAAGCUCUUAUGGAAAGUAUAAAGCACUGGUUUGAAAGCAUUCCAGGAGAAAAGUGGAAGGGGAACUUAACUACUGUGAAAAAUAGUGGAAAGUGCCCAUCUUGUGAGCAGUUCUUGGAAAGUAUUAAUUUGACCGAAGAAGAAUAUGACAUUCUUAAAGAAAAAAUAAUAAAGGAUGUUAUACAUGGGACUGACACAUUUCGGAAAACCACUCCCCAGGAACUUGAAGUGUUUCAAAGAUUUGUAAAUCAACGUCCCCCUUUUGAUAUCGUGAUUGAUGGCCUCAACGUUGCGAGAGUUUGCCAUAAAAACAAUCCAUCUCAAACCCUUUUGGAUGUUGUCAACCAUCUGGUGCAGCAGAAUCUACGGUUACUUGUCCUGGGGCGCAAACACAUGUUGAAUGGAUCUCGUCAGUGGAAUAGAAAUAACAUGGUUGCUAUGCAGAAGAAGGCAGACUUCUUUUUUACAGACAAUGUGUCUGAAGAUGAUCCAUUUCUACUCUAUGCCACUCUUCACUCAGGGAGUCACUGUAAAUUUGUUACUAGAGAUCUGUUGCGUGAUCACAAGGCUUGUCUCUCAGACAGUCUUACUCGACGCCUGUUCUUUAAAUGGCAACGUGGUCAUCAGAUGGUGCUGUCUGACUACAUAUCAGGAAAAAAGAUCAAAUUUGAGCCUGUAUUGAAUUACGAUACAAUUGUGCAGACUACAGGUAACACAUGGCAUAUUCCCUAUGACGACAGCAAUUUGGAAAGAUCUUCGUAUGAGGUGCCAAUAAAAUGGCUUUGUCUUCAGCAAAAAUAAAAUACUGUUUUUACAAA